CAUUCCAUCUCGUUGUGUCUCUCUCUCGCGUGCUUGACACUUUUUUCCACUUUUGUUGUGUUAAAAAAAACAUUUUGAAUUGUUAAAAACAUUAAUUUAACUGCAAUAGUUACAAAGCAACUACAACAUAACAGCUUUACACACAAAAAUUAUUUGUAGACGAAAAAAUAGUUAAAAAUCCUUGAGACCUUUUUUUGUGUUCGUUUUGAAAGUUUGUUGGUGCGCACAGCAAAAAAUCACCUAGAAAAGAGAAAAAAAUUAAAAUCAAGGAUAUUCUGAGACAGAACUGAAAUUUGUUGAAAAAUUAUUAUUUUUGCCAAUUUUUACGAGUGUCAAGUAUAAAACAUCGACAUGGAAGCACCAGAAUUCAAAGAUUUUGCCAAGGAAAUGGUAGAUUACAUUGCCGAAUAUCUGGAAAAUAUCCGAGAUAGACGAGUUCUUCCGACUGUUCAACCCGGUUACCUGCGUCCCUUGAUUCCGGAUCACGCACCCGAGAAACCCGAUUCGUGGCAAGAUGUCAUGGCCGACAUUGAGCGCGUCAUUAUGCCUGGCGUCACGCACUGGCAUAGCCCAAAGUUCCAUGCUUAUUUCCCGACUGCCAAUUCGUAUCCUGCCAUUGUUGCGGACAUGCUUUCCGGAGCAAUUGCCUGCAUUGGAUUCACGUGGAUUGCAAGUCCCGCAUGCACAGAGCUCGAAGUUGUGAUGCUCGACUGGUUGGGUAAAAUGCUCGAUUUGCCCAAAGAAUUCCUCGCAUGCUCUGGCGGAAAGGGAGGCGGUGUCAUUCAAGGUACGGCAUCGGAAGCGACGCUGGUUGCAUUGCUCGGAGCCAAGGCAAAGAUGAUGCAAAAGGUCAAGGCAGAACAUCCGGAAUGGGAUGAACAUACAAUUAUCUCGAAGUUGGUUGGAUAUUGCUCAAAUCAAGCUCACUCAUCUGUCGAACGUGCCGGUCUCUUGGGAGGCGUUCGCCUUCGCAGCUUGCAAGCAGAUUCCAAGCAAAAGCUUCGUGGCGAGACUCUUGAAGCAGCCAUCAAAGAAGAUCUCGCCGCUGGCAACAUCCCAUUCUACGUCGUUGCCACAUUGGGCACCACAAAUUCCUGCGCCUUCGAUCGUCUCGACGAAAUCGGUCCAAUUGCCAACAAAUACAACGUUUGGACUCACGUUGAUGCCGCUUAUGCUGGAUCUGCCUUUAUCUGCCCAGAAUACCGUUAUCUCAUGAAAGGCAUCGAAACGGCGGAAAGUUUCAACUUUAAUCCGCACAAAUGGAUGUUAGUCAACUUCGAUUGCUCCGCGAUGUGGCUCAAAGACCCCACAUGGGUCGUUAAUGCCUUCAACGUUGAUCCGCUUUACUUGAAGCACGACAUGCAAGGAUCCGCUCCUGAUUAUCGUCAUUGGCAAAUUCCCUUGGGACGACGUUUCCGCGCACUCAAAUUGUGGUUCGUGCUCCGUUUGUACGGCAUUGAGAACUUGCAGGCGCACAUUCGUCGUCAUUGUGGGUUCGCGAAGAAGUUUGAAGAGCUCUGUGUUGCCGAUGAACGCUUUGAAAUCGCUACCGAAGUACAAAUGGGUCUCGUUUGCUUCCGACUCCGUGGAUCAAAUGAGAAAAAUGAAGCUCUCUUGAAACGCAUCAAUGGACGAGGCAACAUUCAUUUGGUGCCAUCCAAAAUUAACGAUGUCUAUUUCUUGCGUAUGGCAGUCUGCUCGCGCUUUACUAAAUCCGAGGACAUGGAUUACUCGUGGAACGAAGUCGCUCUGGCAGCUACGGAAGUUCUUGCGGAACAAAACUAAAAAAAAAUAAUUUUUUGUUGAAUUUUUUGUAAAAAAAAGUAUGGAAAAGGGGCCAAUUUUAUAUUUAUUAUUUAUGUUUUUGUAAGAAUUAAAAAGAAAUUUUUAUACAAAGUUGUUAGUAUGCAAAAAAAUACUCUGCGAUGAUCACUUUUAUGUCGAAUGAUCGAAUUUGUUAAAGAAAAUAAUAAUAAAUAUUGCAUGUUU